CGAACAUAGAACGAUCGAGUCGUCUUGAAGUAAAAAUCUGGACAAUAUGUCUCAGUGGUUAAUAUUUGUAUUUUCUUUGAUAGGAGUAUACAAUAUGAUUGAGUGUAAGCCAUCAUGUGAGAAGGAGAUAGAUUACAAGAAGAGAAUUAUAGCAAUGAGAGAAUUGGAAGAGAACACUUGUACGUGGACAAUCCAAGCACCAGAAAACCGUGGCAUCUGGUUCCGUGUUACAGCACUAAGAGUUUCUGUGCACUCUAAGACCUGUUCUAGUUAUCUCAUGCUAAAAGAAAUACAUACUGAACAAAGGACAACCCUUAAGAAUUACUGCUCCUCAAUAACACGUGACCACGUGAAAACACGUCAUAAUCAAGUCCAAGUGUCUGCUUACAAUGUCACAUUCAAGCUUAGCUGGAAUGUUUUUGUGUUGGGUAAAGCCAAUCGUAGAAAAGACCUCAAUCCUACAACACAGAAGUAUUCACAAUCAACAGAAAGCAUAAUAGAAGAGGAUACCGUUAUUGACUUUUUGAAAGAGAACAAAUAUUUUGUAUUGGCGAUUCUUGCUGGUAUAGUGACAACCACUGUCAUUACUUUUACAACGAUAAAAAUAUGCUCUAAGAGGCGCAAUCAACGUGCAUGUACAGUCAGCAGAGAAAACUACGAGAUGCCGAAUUUGCCUGAACAAAGUGACCAUAAUGAAAGACACUUGCAAAUAAAUGAAAAGUGCAAAUCACAUCAACGAGAUGAUUAUGAAAAUAUCAAGACAGCUGAUUUUAAAAAGAGCAAAAAAGAAUGGACGGAUAUUGGACGUAAAAGCGGUAGAGCUGCAGAGGCAAAAGAAAAUGAAAGUAGUUUAGAGGAUUGGUGUUCUUACUCAUUUUCUAGCAGUCAUAAGCACGUGAAAGACAGAAUAACAGAUCACUUAUACCUGCUUAGCCAAGAAGAUGAGACGGUAUUUAAUGAUGAUAGUCAUGAGUACCAGUCUUGCCGACAGGUAAAGAUCGAAUACGGACAUACUAGUAUGCAAAACAAACCCUACAGUUCAAAGAAGCAGAACAUCUCUCCAAGUGUGUCUAGCACUUCUGACUGCGAAGAUUACGUUAAUCUCUACUGAAAUUACUUGAGAAUUUUUUUCUUUUAUUUUGUACAAUUAUUAAUCACUCUUUAAACAGUCUAUUGAUAGUUUUUGAUAUACAUGUACACGAUGUUAGCGAGCGUUAUUUCUCGGUGGUCGUUAUAUUUGAGAUAUACAAACCUGAAUUCCUUCAGUAUUCAACCAUUCUAAAUUUCAUACAUGAGAAACUUCAAGAGAAAACAUUUCAAUAAUAUAUUCGAGAACCGGUGUAAAUCAAAUGCGGAUAUAAAAAAAAAAUCCGAGGAAUUUUUGGAACAUUUGAUAUCACAAAAUUUACCAGAAUAAACAACUAGAAAAAUUACGACUUAUCAACUUUAUAUACAGAUAUUAUCCACGAUAAAUUAAAGUCCAGACUUUCUAUUUUCUAACAUCAUUGACAGCUGCUUUUUCAAUAAAAAUGGAACUCGUAAAUUUACUUUUGUUAUUGGUCAUUUG